AUGGAUGUUGACGAAUUGAGAAGGCAACAAUUUGCUAUUAAAAGUUUUACUGAAUCUGUUGAGGAGGAUUUAGAUGAAGACUGGCAAAGACGGCAUUUUACUACAACUAGAGGCGAAAUUGAUAGUGGAAUGAAAGAAAGCAGUACAGAUGAAACAAUUAUUGAAGUUACUCGUCGUGUUGACCCAACAAAAGGUGAAACACAAAAAUAUACAAUGCGUGUAUCGGGCCCAGAAGUUUGA